GCAUAUCUUGUGAUAGACAGAGUGAACUGUGUGGGUAGAUCUGUGUGAGAAAAUCAACAUGCCACAGUGGUGGGCUCCAAUCAUCGUUGUUUACCUGUCCAUCUACCUGGCAGCCACUCAGCACUACAGAAAAGCUCUGUAUCCAUCAGCGUAUAGGAUAAAACGAGGGACAUAUUCGCUGAUCGACCCUUCCUUCCAGAAUUCAUUGGAGGAUGUCAACCUGCUUUUUGAGAUCCUGCUGGCUGGUAUGCAGAUCCAAGGCAAGGAUUACACCAUGUUGAUCCCAGAUGAGGAAAUGGCCUCCAUGAGGAGCGUGAAGAAACUUGAGGUCAUCUGUGAGGACGUUCUGCCCAAGAAGCUCUCUGACAUCCGCCGUUUGACUGCCGAGCUUGCCCGGCGCCGGCAGCCUCUGAGCCGGCAGGACUUUGAGAGGACUUUGUUGACCCUGGUGUACACCACUCAGACACUGUCUCAAAUCAGCAACCAGCACCAGAGGGAAGUGUGGAUUGAUGCUUUAAUCCAGCUGUUCAGAGCCCUCCAAAAGGACCUUGGACCGUCUUGA